GCAGAACUCAUCAGCCAGGCCAUUGAAAGCGCCCCGGAGAAGCGGCUGACACUCGCCCAGAUCUACGAAUGGAUGGUCCGCCACACGGUGCCCUACUGCAAGGACAAGGGUGACAGCAACAGCUCGGCAGGAUGGAAGAACUCCAUCCGUCACAACCUGGCCUUGCACAGCAAGUUCAUCAAGGUUCACAACGAGGCCACUGGCAAGAGCUCUUGGUGGAUGCUGAACCCCGAGGGCGGCAAAGGUGGCAAGGCAACCCGCCGCAGGGCUGCCUCCAUGGAUAGCAGCAGCAAGGUGCUCCGGGGCCACAGCAAAGGCUCCAAGAAGAUACCAUCUGUCCCGCCAGCUCCACCUGAAGGUGCCACUCCCAGGAGCCCCCUGGGUCACUUUGCCAAGUGGUCCGGCGGCACUUGCCCUCGCAAACGGGAAGAAGCUGAUGUGUGGACCGCUUUCCGCCCACGAAGCGGUUCGAAUGCUAGCACUGUCAGCACUCGGCUAUCACCAAUGGGGACCGAGGCUGAGGGGCUAGCAGAAGAGGAGAUGCCGGCCUCGACCAGCAGCUACGCAGCGGGUGUCCCUUCCACCCUCAGUGAAGAUCUAGAGCUGCUGGAUGGGCUCAAUCUUGCAUCUCCUCAUUCCCUGCUGUCUAGGAGCAGUCUCUCCGGCUUCUCUUUGGAGCAUCCUGGGCUUGCUGGCCCUUUACAUAGCUAUGGCGCCUCCCUUUUUGGCCCAAUAGAUGGGUCUCUGUCAGCAGGAGAUGGGUGCUUCUCAAGCUCCCAGUCUCUGGAGGCUCUGCUCACCUCUGAUACACCACCACCUCCUGCUGAUGUUCUCAUGGCCCAGGUAGAUCCUAUUCUGUCUCAGGCUCCUACACUUCUGCUACUGGGAGGAAUGCCUUCCUCUAGCAAGCUGGCUACAGGGGUUAGCCUAUGUCCUACACCUCUAGAGGGUCCAGGUCCCAGCCACCUGGUCCCCAACCUUUCUGUGAUGGCACCGCCGCCAAUCAUGGCAGGGGCUCCUAUCCCUACAGUUCUGGGCACCCCUGUGCUCACACCUCCUGCUGAAGCUGCCGGCUAUGACAGAAUGCCUCAGGAUCUAGAUCUUGAUAUGUAUAUGGAGAACUUGGAGUGUGACAUGGAUCAUAUCAUCAGUGACCUCAUGGAUGGCGGUGAGGGGCUGGACUUCAACUUUGAGCCAGAUCUCUGAGUCACAGCCAGAAGCUUUGUCCCCUGCUUCAGAAGGUGGAGGUGGAGCCAGACGUGUCCUUAUGAACUUUAUCCCCCUGAGCCCUCCUGAGGAGUUUGGAACCCUGAUUUCAAGCUAGGGUUUGGUGGUCACACACUCAAGUGUUGAGACAAUUCUAAAGAUAAAGCCAUGGCAUGUAGGGAUUGUAGAGGAGAAUGGUAGGAGGAAGGAGAGAAGAAAGCUUUUUCUCACUAUGCCAAUUAGGGGUAUCUAUGGCUCUUUCUCAGGAGCCAUCAUUGAUUUCCCCAUCCCCACCUCCUAGGCCUUGAUGUAGCAGGGGCCAGCAGUGCUGUUAGAAAUGUGAAGUCACAAGUGGCCUUAUUGCCCUGCCUUUGGGAGCAGGAUUAUCUUUUUUUCUUUUGUAGAGAGUCUUACUAGAGCUGGGCCGGGUUCCAUUGAGCCUGAAUUU